GUGGCUGCACGCGUCGCGGUGAACAUAAACAAUUCUCUGUGCAAGUCAACCGGCAAAGCCAAAGGCAAAGACGUUAUCAGUUGGUGACUAAAGCCAAUUUACCGUUAUCGCGCUGAUAAGCUGGCCAUUAGGCAAGCCUCUAACUUGUCAACCGGUAGCUGCGCGACGCACUACUGCAUUUCAAAUCUCAACUUGAACUUGACCGUCUUCGAAACGCUAGAAUGACAGCAAAUAAAAUUCGAAUGAAGAGCAGCAUUGCCGCAUGCCGCAAAUGUGGCAGCCGGAAAGAACGCAAUGAUGGUGAUUGCACAAGUGAGAAAGGGCGCGCGUCUCUGUCACCAGAUAGUGCCUCCAGCCUGGGAACAGAGCAGCUACUUUUGCCCAACGCCCUAACGCCGGUCUCGUUAAUUGCUUCCGCUGAUUUUGUGGAACGAGGACACAAACCUUCGUGGCGCAUGCCGUGGUUCCUUACCGUUAUGUCGUGUGUGCAGCUUUCCGUCUACUUCAUCGCCAAUGGCUGUCUCAAUCGACGUUUGAUGUUUGUCCCUGGACAUCCCUACGAAGUUUGGCGCUACUUCACCUACACUUUACUACACUCCGAUCUCAUGCAUCUCUUGUUGAACGUGUCACUACAGUGCCUAAUUGGCUUUUGUUUGGAGAGCGAGCAGAGUCACUGGCAAGUGGCCUUCAUCUAUGUCGCGGGGGGAUUUUCCGGCUCUUUGGUCACCGCAUAUUCUCAGCCAGAGUUGUCGUUGCUGGGCGCAUCGGCGUGCGUUUACGCGCUGCUGACCAGUCAUGUGCCGCAUUUGGUGUUGAAUUUUCGUCAACUGCCUUACCGUUAUCUGCGAAUCGCGUCUCUGCUGAUUUUGUGCCUCACCGACGUUACGCUCACGGUGUACCAUUUUCUGGUCAGGCACAAUGUGAACCCGCGUAUCUGUGUGGAAGCUCACUUUGCCGGUGCUUUGUCCGGCCUCAGCUUCGGCUUUCUGCUCUACAGCGUGAUUAGACGUCACUACGCCAGUCACUGUUGCUUGCUGAGUAUAUGAAAUAAACUCACCAAUAUACAUAAUUGUAUGUCUUUAUAUUAGAUUAGGUAACCAUUCGUGAUAUAAUGUCGAAAUUUGAGGGCGAAUAUUUUUAGACUUCAUUAGUAUUUCGUGCGAAUAAAUUAUUUUUACGCUUUCAAAACAUAAUGAAUUUCCUUAUUGGGAAAGUGAGAAGUAUUUAUUACCCAGCAGGUGUAGGCUCGUGGUUUGAAAACGCUGAGUACGUGUAGCCACAUAUUGGAUAUACACCAACUUGACGGGAUUUGCCAAGCCCAAAUUCAACUAUUCUAACGCCAAAGUAUUUCUCUCGUGUACC